CAGGUUUCUAGGGCAAUCUCAACAAACUAUAAAACACAGAGAGAGAAAGAGAGCUUCGUCACUUGGAUUCUUUAGUAAAAAAAGAGCUAAACUUUAAAUUACAGAUCGUAAUCAAAAAACACGAUGCAGCCCUAUGGAAUCCAAUCUAUGCUCAAAGAAGGUUACAGACAUCUCUCAGGUCUAGACGAAGCCGUCAUCAAAAACAUCGAAGCUUGCAAAGAACUCUCCACCAUCACACGCACUUCUCUCGGUCCCAACGGGAUGAAUAAAAUGGUUAUAAACCAUUUAGAUAAACUCUUUGUAACCAACGACGCUGCAACGAUUGUUAAUGAGCUUGAGAUUCAGCACCCUGCUGCGAAGAUUCUUGUUUUAGCUGCAAAGGCUCAGCAAGAAGAGAUUGGAGAUGGAGCUAAUCUGACAAUCUCUUUUGCUGGUGAGCUUUUGCAGAAUGCUGAGGAGCUUAUUAGGAUGGGGUUGCAUCCUAGUGAGAUUAUUAGUGGUUAUAAUAAAGCUAUUGUUAAGGUUGUUGAGAUUCUUGAGGAAUUGGUUGAGAGUGGGUCUGAGACGAUGGAUGUGCGUAGUAAGGAGGAAGUUGUUUUUAGGAUGAGAGCUGCUGUUGCGAGUAAGCAGUUUGGUCAAGAGGAGAUUAUUUGUUCUUUAGUUGCUGAUGCAUGUAUUCAAGUGUGCCCAAAGAAUCCAACGAACUUUAAUGUUGAUAACGUUCGUGUUGCGAAGCUUCUUGGAGGAGGAUUGCAUAACUCUUGUAUUGUUCGUGGGAUGGUUUUGAAAAGUGAUGCUGUUGGGAGCAUUAAGCGGAUGGAGAAGGCUAAGGUUGCUGUGUUUGCUGGGGGCGUUGAUACUACUUCAACAGAGACAAAAGGAACUGUCUUGAUCCAUAGUGCUGAGCAGUUAGAAAACUAUGCAAAGACAGAGGAAGCUAAAGUGGAGGAGCUGAUUAAAGCUGUUGCUGAAUCUGGAGCUAAAGUAAUUGUUAGUGGAGGAUCAGUAGGAGAAAUGGCAUUGCAUUUCUGUGAGCGCUACAAGAUAAUGGUUUUGAAAAUCAGCUCAAAGUUUGAACUGAGGCGUUUCUGCAGGACAGCUGGGGCUGUCGCUCAUUUGAAACUAUGCCGUCCAAGCCCUGAUGAUUUGGGUUACGUUGAUUCCAUAUCUGUUGAGGAAAUCGGUGGUGUGACAGUCACUAUUGCAAGAAACGAACAAGGUGGUAACUCGAUCUCCACAGUGGUUUUACGUGGAAGCACAGAUAGUAUUUUGGACGACCUUGAAAGAGCUGUUGACGAUGGAGUUAACACCUACAAGGCCAUGUCCAGAGACAGCCGUAUUGUUCCUGGAGCUGCAGCUACUGAAAUAGAACUAGCUCAGAGAUUGAAGGAAUAUGCCAAUGCAGAAACAGGGUUGGACAAAUAUGCUAUCACCAAAUACGCAGAGAGCUUCGAGUUUGUACCCAAGACCCUUGCCGACAACGCUGGUCUCAAUGCGAUGGAAAUCAUUGCCUCUCUAUACACGGGACACGGAAGUGGAAACACAAAGCUAGGCAUUGACUUGGAGGAAGGUGCUUGUAAAGAUGUCUCAGAGACAAAAGUGUGGGAUCUUUUUGCAACCAAGUUAUUUGCUUUGAAGUAUGCUUCUGAUGCUGCAUGCACGGUGCUUCGCGUAGACCAGAUUAUAAUGGCGAAACAAGCAGGUGGGCCAAGGAGAGAUGCUGCACAAGCAGCCGGUGCAGGCGCAGAGGAAGACUAAGCUGUAGAACAACAAGUGCCUCGUAGUGGCACUCUUAUUCUGUAACCAUCUUUUUUAAUUCUGAAAAAUUUUGGUAUGUCAGUAUGGUAUUGUGAUUUUGUGGUACACACCAACUUGAGGUUUUGACUUAUUGUUUGCAAUGUUUGGUUCGUACUGACUUGAAACUUCCCGGUUUAGUUAAAUUGGAUUAUUAUUGCAAGAGUUGUUUCUAUAUUAGUCAAUGACAUUGGUACAAGUUCUUUUUGAGAGUAUUCAAACAAGAUCCACACAAUGACUAACAGAAAGAACAAUAUAACACAAUAUCUGAAGCUACGUAAGUUCUAAAGCUUUCUAUGUUCAUCCCUGAUGCUUCAAGUAGGAACAAGAUGAGGCAGCAUCAUAUCAUCUUGAAGUUGCAUCCACAUGACGGAAGCAAGCCCUGCAACUACAACAGAGAAGAAACUCAAUCCCCAUCUCAACACACUCUUCUUGCUCCUGUCCCUUCUUGAGUCUGUUACAGUCUCUUCUGAC